AACCGGAAGUAUGAUUGAUGUUGCUGCUGGCGGCGGAACACUAUUUUAUUUAAUAAGAUUAGCUGCUGUUUGUGAGAAACGUACAGUCGUGCACUGUUUCUCUUUUGCUGUGGAAAAAUUUGUACUGACACGUAGAGGAGGAUGUCUGUGACUGUGAAGAAUCCAUUUCAACAUAUAGUCGAGUCUCUGGACCCCAAGAACCCAAAGCAGCAGUUUUUCAAUCUUUCCAAACUUGGUGACCCCAGAUAUGACCAUCUGCCGUUCUCCAUCCGGGUCCUCCUGGAGUCUGCUGUCAGGAACUGUGAUGAGUUUCUGGUGAAGCGCUCAGAUGUAGAAAAUAUCCUCAACUGGAAGCAGACCCAGAGUCAAACUGUGGAGGUACCGUUUAGACCAGCCCGUGUCAUCCUUCAGGACUUCACUGGUGUCCCUGCUGUGGUUGACUUCGCUGCCAUGCGUGAUGCAGUGAUGAAACUAGGCGGUGACCCAGAGAAGAUAAAUCCAGUUUGUCCUGCUGACCUUGUCAUCGAUCAUUCCAUUCAAGUGGAUUUCAACAGGAAGUCUGAUAGCCUUCAGAAAAACCAGGAUUUGGAGUUUGACCGCAACAAAGAGAGAUUUCAGUUCUUGAAAUGGGGUUCUAAAGCCUUCAAGAACAUGCGAAUCAUUCCUCCUGGUUCAGGAAUUGUUCACCAAGUCAACCUGGAGUACCUGGCCCAAGUGGUGUUUAACCACGAUGGGUUCUUCUACCCCGACAGCCUGGUGGGCACCGACUCCCACACCACCAUGAUCGAUGGCCUGGGUGUCCUUGGCUGGGGUGUGGGUGGAAUUGAAGCUGAGGCUGUGAUGCUGGGCCAGCCGAUAAGCAUGGUGCUGCCUGAGGUGGUGGGAUACAAGCUGAGCGGGACCCCAGAGAAGCUCAUUACCUCCACUGACAUUGUCCUAACUGUCACUAAGCACCUCCGCCAGGUGGGGGUGGUGGGGAAAUUUGUGGAGUUUUUUGGCCCAGGGGUGGCUCAGCUAUCCAUCGCUGACCGAGCCACCAUCGCAAACAUGUGUCCAGAGUAUGGAGCCACAGCAGCUUUCUUCCCUGUGGACGACAUCAGCAUUCAAUAUCUUGAGCAAACCGGACGAGAAGCAGAAAAGCUGGCCUACAUUAAAAAGUACCUGAAGGCUGUGGCCAUGUUCAGAGACUACACUGAUGUCUCUCAGGAUCCAAACUUUACUCAGGUUGUGGAGCUGGAUCUGAGUUCAGUGGUUCCAUGCUGCAGUGGUCCCAAAAGACCCCAUGACAAGAUUCCUGUUUCUGACAUGAAAAAGGAUUUUGAAACCUGCCUGGGAGCAAAGCAAGGUUUCAAGGGUUUCCAAGUGGCCCCUGAGCAUCACAGCACUACAGUCCCCUUCCAGUUCAAUGGAAAGGACUAUAUAUUAAACCACGGCUCCGUGGUCAUUGCUGCUAUCACGAGCUGCACCAACACCAGCAACCCAUCUGUCAUGCUUGGAGCCGGACUCCUGGCUAAAAAGGCAAGAGAGUGUGGCUUGAGUGUGAAGCCGUACAUAAAGACCAGCCUGUCACCUGGCAGUGGAGUGGUCACCUACUACCUGAAGGAGAGUGGUGUUAUGGACUACCUCUCUCAGCUGGGCUUUGAGGUUGUUGGCUAUGGUUGCAUGACGUGUAUUGGCAACAGUGGGCCGCUCCCUGAGCCGGUGGUGGAGGCCAUAACCCAGGGAGACCUGGUUACCGCAGGUGUCCUGUCAGGGAACAGAAACUUUGAAGGGCGAGUCCACCCCAACACCAGAGCUAACUACCUGGCUUCUCCACCGCUGGUCAUCGCGUACGCUAUAGCAGGCACAGUGAGGAUCGACUUUGAGAAAGAACCCAUUGCCAUUAACUCUGAAGGCAAAGAGAUUUUCCUAAGGGACAUCUGGCCCACACGAGAGGAGAUCCAGGCUGUGGAGAGAAUGUUUGUCAUUCCCUCAAUGUUCAAAGAAGUUUAUGAGAAGAUUGAGAAAGUGAAUGAACGCUGGAACACUCUGGUUGCUCCCUCUGACAAGCUGUAUACCUGGGACCCCAAGUCAACCUACAUCAAGUCACCGCCGUUCUUCAAUGGCUUGACCAUGAAGCUGCAGCCUCCUAAGUCCAUACAUAAUGCCUACGUGCUGCUGAACUUGGGAGACUCAGUCACCACAGACCAUAUUUCUCCUGCAGGGAACAUUGCCAGGAACAGCCCUGCAGCACGCUACCUGACCAACAGAGGUUUGACCACUCGUGACUACAACUCUUAUGGCUCUCGUCGAGGUAAUGAUGCUGUAAUGGCCAGAGGGACGUUUGCCAACAUCCGUCUCUUUAACAAGUUCCUCAACAAGCAGGCACCACAAACCAUUCACCUGCCAACUGGAGAAACGGUGGAUGUGUUUGAUGCUGCAGAGAGGUACCAGCAGUCUGGUGACCCUCUGCUGGUUCUAGCAGGGAAGGAGUACGGCUCAGGGAGCUCCAGAGACUGGGCAGCGAAAGGACCUUUCCUGCUGGGUAUUAAGGCAAUUCUAGCAGAGAGUUAUGAGCGGAUCCACCGCAGUAACCUGGUUGGGAUGGGAGUGAUUCCUCUGGAGUAUCUACCAGGAGACACUGCUGACAGUCUGGGGCUGACCGGCCGAGAACGCUACACCAUCAUCAUCCCCGAGCAGCUCGCACCCAGGAUGAUCAUCAGUGUUAAACUUGACACCGGAAAAACAUUCCAAGUGCGGAUGAGAUUUGACACAGAGGUGGAACUGGCAUAUUUCCGCCACGGAGGCAUCCUCAAUUACAUGAUCCGCAAGAUGUCUGAAAACUAACACACUGAGUACAGCACAGGAAAAGAGAAAUGUUUUAUUUCUCUUUUAAACACAGAAUAAUACCGUCCAGGAGUAAUCGAAUCAUUUUUCAUGUUUGCUGCUCAGAGCCCUUCACAGAGAGCUGAUUUACAGCCAGGAAAAAACAUGUAACAGUGUUCUCAUUUUUGAGAAAGCUACUACUACUACUACUACUACUACUACUACUAGUCACGUAUGAACUGCAUAGCAGACCUGAGGUGAAUAAACUGUACACAAGAUGUCUAUAUUCAAGGAAGAUUAGAAAGGUAGAAUACUGCUUGAGACCUCAACCAGGGCAAGGCAAUGGAUUUUUCCAGUUUAUUACAACUUGGCUCCUUAUUAACAUUUAAUUACUAAAUUCUAGAGCUGGGUUUCAGAGCUGGUAUGCUUUGGUACUACAAUAUCAUUUGGUGAAAGUACCACAAAGAAAUAUUUAAAAAGGUAAUCAAGUCAGGAUCCCCCAGAAGUGGGGGACCUUCGAGUGGGGACCGUUUCUGAAGCAGUCCAGUCUAAAUUUGUGUGUGUGUGUGUGUGUGUGUGUGUG